AUGAAAGUGAAGAAGGCGCGCACGAAGGGAGGCCUCGCCCGCGCGGGAAAGGGGAAGAAGAAGGUUACCAAGGGGAGUAACGCUCAGUCUGGAGUCCUACAAAGGAAGGCCAACGUGAACCGCUCAGUGCCUAAAAAAACAACCUCCAUAGUGAAGAAGCCAGUUCGAGGUGCAGGUAGUAAGCGAUACAGUUGGUUAUUCCAAAAAGGGGGGGAGAAGACCCAACCUGCUUCCACGAAGGGGGGAAAAAUGUCCCCCUCAGGUGGAGACAGCCCCGAUAGCGAUGAGGACGAAGCGGAAAGUGGAGGUGGAAGCGAAGGUGCAGGCCGAAUCACAAAUCGAAUCGAACGCGAGGGAGGGGCCAAAGCGAGAAAAAAAAAGUUCGUCCUGUACAAGAACAAAAAGGGGAAGAAAAAAAAAAAAAAAAACAGAAACAAAGGAAUGCUGACCUGCUUCCACAACCUCGGUCUGAGCGAAAACAUGUGCCGAAGCAUAUCCAGUAAUUUGAAAUAUAACCGACCCACAGACAUACAAAAAUUGUGCAUCCCCAAAAUACUGCACAGGAAGGACAUCAUAUGUAUAAGUAAAACGGGGACGGGGAAAUCGCUCGUCUAUGUGAGCACACUGGUAGACCUCCUAGCAGAGCACAGUCAAUUUUUCGGAGUCAGAGGCUUAGUGUUGGUGCCCACGAAAGAGCUAGCCAUUCAGAUCUUCAAAUUGUCAAAAAAAAUAUGCAAAAAUUUUUUUAAUUUAAAAAUAAAUGUAAUAAUCGGUGGAAUUAAUUUGAACAAGCAAUUCGAUAUGCUGAAGGAAAAUUUAGACAUCCUGAUAUGCACCCCGGGAAGACUGAGCUUUAUAUUGAAAGAAACAAACUUAAGUCUGGAGAAAGUGGAAGUGCUGAUCAUUGAUGAAGCUGACAGGCUCCUGGAGUUAAACUAUUUCAACGACAUGAAUAAUAUUUACAAAGCUCUGCAUCGUACAAACAAACAGACGUUACUAAUCAGUGCAACUCUCCCAACGGAUGUACAAAACUACUUCAAACUGAAGUUAAACAAUCCGGAAGUGUUGUCCCUCAGUUCAGAUAAUACGAUAAGUGAUAAAAUGAAUUUACACUUUUUAUUCACCAGAUCGUAUGAGAAGUAUGGAGUGUUAAUUAAAUUAAUUUUCCUUUUUAAAAAAAAAAAACUCGGAAAAACUCUCAUUUUUUUCUGCACAAAAUAUCAUAUUUUAUUUUUUUCCAAAAUAUUAUCCUCUUUGAAAAUUCAUCAUGCCAUGUUGUAUGGAAAUUCAGACACCUCCUUUCGCUUCGAUCAGAUUAAGAAGUUUACCAAUAGUGAGGAGAUCCAAUUUUUGCUCGUGACUGAUGUUGCUGCCAGGGGGAUAAACAUCACCAGUGUUCAGAACGUAAUAAAUUAUAACUUACCCUUUUCUCCAAAACUCUUUAUUCACCGCGUCGGUCGUGCCUGCAGGGAUGACGCUAUGUCAAGUGGCUACGCUGUAUCCCUUGUCACCUACCAGGAUGUCCUGUAUGCCUACGAGAUAUGCUUCUUCAUAGGCAAGAAGCUCAAAUUUUUCAGGCGCGCCGUGGAGAAGGUAGGCCAGCCCGCAGAGGCGGCUAAGACGAGCGAUAAUGUGGGGAUCAUCGACUCAGACGAACCAACAGACGUCGCAGACAUCGCACACACCGCCGCCGCCGCGCACGCCCCCCUCCCUCGCGACGUCGUCUAUCUCGGCUCGCUCAACCAUGUCAGCGACUACAUCGAACUUGUGGACACCCAGAAAAACGCAGACGAGGAGCUGGGCUCUCUCAACAGGAGCAUCCUCGCCUCCUACAAACUGUACUACGCCAUGAGACCCAAAGUGUCAAAAUACGCAAGCACAGAAUGUGUCAAUAAAAUUAACAAAAUAGGCGGCGUUUACAAACUCUGCUUGUUUUAUCACCCUGAUGAAAUUUAUGAGAAUGUUCCAUCCGAUGGUGCAAGAGAAGAAAAUCCUCCCCGGGGUGGAAAGCAGCCGAAUGGGGAGGAGCUGGCGCAAGUGGAGAGGAAAUUGGGAUAUGUUUUAUCGAGCGAUGUUGUAUCGGGCGAUGUUGUAUCGGGCGAUGUUGUAUCGGGUGAUGUUGUAUCGGGCGAUGGUGUGAUUAGCUCUCCGAACGGGGGGGAAGCAAACAGGGAAGGAGUCACCAAAGUCGGGGAACCCCCUAGAGGAGCCCUCGCCCAGCCGAAGAAUUACACUCACAACGAACUCAUGACGAUCAUCCACAAUUUCCAAAGCAAUGACAGCGGGAAGGUGAGAGGAAUAUCAGACGACAUCAAAGAUAAGUUAAACAAACUGAAGGCGAGGAUGCAUACGACUAAGCGGGCCCCAAGUGGAGAAGACAUGGACGACAUGGACGAACUCAUGGGCGCCCUUGCCAUGGGUCUCUGCGAUCACGAGCAUGAUAGCGAUUACGAAUUGGAGCAAUUGUGGAAGGACCGCGAAAAUGGUAGUGGAGGCCAUUCGGGGGAAGGUCAAACGGAACUAAGUAACAAGCCGAAGAAAAUGAGCAAGAGGGCGUUAAAAAAGAAGAAGAAGGAGGAGCAGCAACAGGAAAAACAGAAGCAAGAAGGGAAAGAAGCAACAUGUGUGGAACCCACGAAGGAGGGUCCCCCCAUAGAACAAGCUUCCCCAAACGGAAACACCAGAAGAAGCAACAUCAAUAUCCCCUUUGAUGAAAUAUUAGAAAAAAUAAAUAAGAGAAAAAUGAAACAAGAAACAGCCGCAGCAUUUGCCAUUAAAACUCCUGGAUUCGACUUACCUCCAGAUGAAGAAGAAGAAUUGAACAAACAGAGAUUCCAAAAGAGAAAAGUUUGGGACAUGAGGAAGAGAAAAUUUGUCCUACAAGAAAUAGACGUCUUCCAGAGUGAUGAUUUCAAGAAGAAGGACAGACGGAAGGAUGUUGAGACACCUGGAAAAGGGAACCACGGGGAAGGUGGCGCAGCCGAACCGACUAGCAACCUCUACCAUAAGUGGGUGAAGCGCACAAAGAAUCGAAUCAAAAAUGUAGGAGAGCUGGAAGAGAAAGGAAACCAAAAGGGGGCAAACACUUCUAUGAGUACGAAACGGGCGCAGGGCUACUCAGAGGACCAUACCACAAGUAACCAGCUGGACGACGAAAAAGAGACGCAUUUGCAAAUGCUGAAGCAGAACCAUCCCGAGAUUACCGAUUCGUUGUCCAGAAAUAUGAAGCUGACUAAGAAGCAGCAGAGGCUGUACAAGAAAUACCUCUCGGGCAGAUAUAUGGAUCCAAAACCAGACUCCGCUCUACACAAAAGUCUCCCACAGAUGCAGAAGGAGAAGGCCAAAAUGCUACAGAAAAAACUCAGAACAGAUAAGAACUUCCGCAUGAGGUAUGCACGCAUGAAGAAGAAGCGGCACGAACAGAAGCUUCGGGAAAAGGAGAACCUGAAGGGCGCCCGCGCGCGCUCCCUGGCCAUUGUUAAGAGGAAGAAAAUAGCCAAGCGUGGCGGCAAGGCGCGGAAGUGA